AUGAAUUUCGGUGAUGAUGAAAUAUGGGUUAAUCACCCCAAAUUUGUUUGUCUUAUAGCUAAAUUAGACAAUCAAGAGAACAAAUUAGUGAUUACCAAAUAAGGAAUUCUCAAUAUUGAUAAAGAAAUAAGAGAGGAAUAUGUCGAAGAAAAGUCAAACGUCAAAGUGGAUCCGUUGGCAAAGCAAGGAGUUAAUGAUUUACUUCUAUUAAAUGAAUUGAAUGAAUUUAAUUGUCUUCAUGGAAUAAGAAUGAGAUAUUCUAAGAAAUCUAUAUAUACAUAAGUUGGUGCUCCAAUUCUAGUAGCCAUAAAUCCAUAUUAAUAUGUUCCAGAAUUUUAUGAUUAAAAAAUGGUGACAUUCUUUAAAAAGGAAAUGGGAAGGAUGAAUUAAAUUUCCAAGGAUAUUCUUUAGCAAAAACUAAGAGAUAUCGAUCCUCAUCUCUAUAAAGUUGCUCAAAUGUCAUUAGAACAACUUUUCGAAGAGACAGCCAAAUCUAAUACUAGAAUAUGCUCAAUGAUUAUUUCUGGAGAAAGUGGAUCAGGAAAAACAGAGUCAACAAAAAUUAUUCUAAAAUAUUUAGCAGCUGAAUCAAUAGGAUAGAAGUUGAAAACACCCUCAAUAGAAUAACAAGUCUUUGCUUCUAAUCCUCUCCUAGAAGCAUUUGGAAAUGCCAAAACAGCAAGGAAUGAUAACUCUAGUAGAUUUGGAAAAUUCAUUCAUUUAUAUUUUAAUCCUGUCACCAAGAGAAUUACAAAUGCAAAAAUUGAUAACUACUUAUUAGAAAAAAGCAGAGUUGUUAAACUAAGUUCAGUAGAGAGAAAUUAUCACAUUUUCUAUUAACUAAUUGCUGCUUAAAUCCCAGAACUAAAACUUGGAUAAGCAAAGCAGUACCAUUAUUUAAAAUAAGGAGAUUUGAAAUACACUAAGAAUGAACUUGAAGAAUUCAAGGAAACUAGCGAUUGUAUGGACAAAAUGAACUUUACUCCAUAAGAAAAGCAAUUCAUUUUUCAAGCUCUAGCAGGAAUUUUACACUUAGGAAAUCUAUCUAUUUAGGGAGAUGCUAAUAAAUCAUUUGUAAUUGAAGACUUUUCUUUAAAAGCCUCUUGUCAAUUAUUAGGACUUGAAUCUGAAGACUUGACUAGAAUUAUUUGCAAAGUACAAACACUGAUGGGCAAAGAAAUUAUUAUGAAAGAAAAUAAUAUUGAAUCAGCCUGUAGUGCAAGAGAUACGCUUGCUAAACAUGUCUAUGAAAAACUAUUUAAUUGGUUAAUCGAAAGAGUUAAUUCGUAACUUUAAGCUUGCGGUUAGACUUAAAAUAAAUAACCAAACUCCUAAUAUAUGAUUGGUAUUCUAGAUAUUUUUGGUUUCGAAAUAUUUACAGAUGAAUAAGGUAUAUAAACUAAUAGUUUUGAAUAAUUAAACAUUAAUUUUACCAAUGAAAAACUCCAAUAGCAUUUUAAUUCCCAUAUGUUAGAAACAGAAUAAAGUGAAUACAAUUAAGAAAAAAUUUAAUGGAACCACAUUAAAUUUCCAGAUAACAAACAAAUUAUUGAUGUAAUUGAGAAUUCAACAUUAUCCAUUUAUAAGUUACUUAUAGAUUAAACAAUUGCCCCAAAAGGUAAUGAUAGAGAAUUCAGUAACUCUUUCAAAAAAUUGCCAAGAGAGUGUGUUUUCAAUGUUCAAGACUUAUUGGCUUAGGAUUCUGAUAUUAAAGUUGAUAAAAAGCAUAAAACUGCUAAAUUUGAUUGGUUUGGAAUCAAGCAUUUUGCUGGAUAUGUAAUUUAUAAUGUCUACGGAUUUAUUGAUAAAAAUAAAGACACAAUAAACUAAGAGGUUCAUCAAGUCUUGCCAACCAGCAAAAAUCCUAUUCUUCGAGAAAUUUGGAAAAGUCAUCAAAUUACAAAUACAAAUAUUAAAUAGAAUAAUGUCAUUACUAGAUUUUAAAAUUCACUUUAAGAAUUGUUAGAAGUUCUGAAUAAAUCACUUCCUAAAUAUAUUAGAUGUAUUAAGCCGAAUAAUAAUAAAACUGCCUUUGAAUUUGAUGCUUAAGAAGUAAGAAGAUAAAUGAGAUGUGCUGGUUUACUGGAAGCAAUCUAAAUUAGGAAAGCUGGAUAUGAAAUUCGACUUAACCAUCAUGAUUUUAUGAAAAAAUACAGGUAUUUAAUUAAGGGGAAACCUUCAAAUAUAAAUUAAAUGAUUAUUUUAUUGAACCAAAAUUAAAAAAUAAAAGAAAGAUUGUCGAAAGAAUUAGAAUCCAAAAAUGUUUAGGUUGGAACAACUAAAAUAUUUAUGAAAGAAGGGUUACGAGAUUUCUUGGAUUAAAUGUUAGUAGAAUUCAGAAUGUAAUAUAUAAUCAAAAUUUAAAAAUCUGGUAGAAAUUACAUUUACAGAAAAACUCUAUUUUUGAAAUUGAAAAUUCUUGUGAAUAGGCAUCAUAAAUUAUAAAGAUCAUGUAAAUGGUAUCUAUUUAAAUUUGUAUUACAAAAACGAAUUAUGAAUAGGUAAAUCUUAAACACCUUCCUUUUUAAAAUAAAUAAAUUUGAAAGGAAGAUAGUAGAAUCGUUUGCCCUUUAAAAAUUGAAUGAUUAUACUGCUUUUUUAAAAUAGAGAGAUGCUGAAAUAUAGAGACAAUAAUAAGAGUUAGAGAAAGAAUUGGAAAUAGAAAGUUCUGGAGAAAUUAAUAAAUCAGUCAUAAUUUCUUCAAAAUUGGUUGAAGAUGAUUUCAAUAUUAGUUAAUCCUAACCAAUAUAAACAAUUAAUGUUAAAACAUUCACUAAACCUGAAACCGUAAGCAAUUCCAAUUCUAUAGAUAUGUUUAAAAAGGCUCUUUAGGAUACUCAAUAGAAAUUAAAAUUGGAAUAAGAGAAAAGAAGAGAUUUGGAAAAUUAGGUCGAAAAAUUAUAAAAUGAUCUAUUAUAAUUCGAAUCUUCUGGUAGAGAAACGUUAAAUCCUUCUGCAUUUGGAUAAUUAGAAGAUAUAUUUACUUUAUAAAAAUUAACAUCAGAAAAGCAAAUGCUGGAAGUUUAAGUUGAAUAACUAUAAAUUGAUAAAAAAAAAAUUGAAAAAUCUAGUUUUGAUUAAAUUUAAAAUUUAGGGCUUUAAUUAGCUCAUGCUCAACAAUGUAUAAAAGAGUUAGAGCACAAUAAUGAGGUACUUACACAGGAUUAUUUAAGUGAAGUAAAAGCCAAAGAAGAAAUUGAAGAAAAAUUGAAAGAUGAAUGGAAUUAAGAAAGAAGGCAAUUGGCUAGAGAAUUAGAGGAUUCUAAAAAGGCUUUAUCUAAUUAAAACAAAAUUUCCUAAAAGGAUAUUUAAAGAAUCAAAAUGGAAUAUGAUAGAGAAAAAUUAAAAGUAGCAGAGUUGGAAAGUGAGGUUAAAAAAUUUUAAUAACUCAGUGAACUUUAUAAAUCUUAAUUAGACUCUAAUGAUUUAAACAUAAAAGAUCAUAAAGGGAAUGAUCAUGAAUUAUAAUUAAAAGACUUGUAAAUUAGGGAUUUGCAAGUUGAAAUUCAGAAAAGGGAUCAAAUAAUAUCUUAGUUGAAUAAUUAAAUUAAAGAAUAGUAAACUAAAUCUUUAACAUAAACUAAAACAAUCAGUUAAGUUAGUGAUAAUGCUGAGAUAACCUUGGAACUCAAUGAAAAGAUUAUCACAUUGUCAGCCACUUUAAAAAAACGAGAGUUUGAAUAAAAUAGAAAUAAAAAGUUAAUCUCAGUCAUGAAUAAUCUUAUCAAGUUGAAAAUUAUCGAAGUUAAUGCUCUACAUAAACAUUUUAAUAUAGUGCAUGAAUAAUAAAAGCAAGAUGUUUAUAAACCUAUCGCUUAAAUAAUGGAAAAAGAAAAAUUAUUGAUGAAAUAAUUUGAGGACUUAAUUAAAUAGAAUAACCAGGAAUAGACUGAACACGCAGAAAACUAAUAAAAAAUAGGAUGA